GCUACUUCCUGUAGACAUACUUUUGUUUGUCCGAACGGAACAGCUGUCUGGAGGCGGAUAGAACCAUAUCAUUAGGAAUUAAUAGGAUCUCUAUGAAUAGAAGUUACUGGUCUUGCUGUAUUACUUUUGUGUUCAGUGGCACUCAUCAAGAUGCUGGCGCUAAUUAACAGGCUUUUGGACUGGUUUAGGUCUCUCUUCUGGAAAGAAGAGAUGGAGCUCACGUUAGUUGGACUUCAGUACUCCGGGAAAACCACCUUUGUCAAUGUGAUAUCAUCUGGUCAGUUUAGUGAAGACAUGAUUCCCACAGUCGGCUUCAACAUGCGGAAGGUUACCAAAGGCAACGUGACGAUUAAGAUCUGGGACAUAGGUGGACAGCCUCGCUUCAGAAGCAUGUGGGAGAGGUACUGUCGAGGAGUCAAUGCCAUUGUUUACAUGGUGGAUGCAGCAGACCGUGAGAAGGUAGAGGCCUCCAGGAACGAGCUCCACAACCUGUUAGACAAGCCUCAGCUACAAGGCAUCCCUGUUCUAGUGCUUGGUAACAAGAGAGAUCUUCCCAGUGCGCUUGAUGAGAAGCAACUCAUCGAAAAGUUGAAUUUGUCAGCCAUCCAGGACAGAGAAAUCUGUUGUUACUCUGUUUCCUGCAAAGAGAAGGACAACAUAGAUAUCACUCUGCAGUGGUUAAUCCAGCAUUCCAAGUCUUGAAGGAGCUGAGAGUGUAGGUCCAGCCUGCUUCUGUGAGUCCUCCUUGCUGCCUCUGUGAAGUGGUUCUCUACCGCCCUGUCUACUCUCAACCCACCACCACAUUCUGCACCGUUUGUGUAGUCUUCAAUUCACCACCACAACACCAACCACUGCUUAGUCUUUCAGUUGUCACAAUACUGUGAUGAAGGACAGCGGAGAGUACCUGCUCAUCAUAGCUGUUUUCAGUGGAGAAGUUCUACGUGUUUGUGUCCAUCCUUUGGUUUUAACGCUACUAACUGGGUUCAGGGAGUCUCAUGACCUCCCAGCCCACUGGCAUCAUAUCAGUUUGACUCUGUAUUUAGGUGGUGGAAUCCAGUCUCUUCAUUCAGUAUCUACUCCAGCUCAAUGUCCCCAUUUGGUGUCAAUGUAAUAUUGUUUGAUUGUAACUAAGGUUUUUGCCAAAACACGUCGCAUGUGUGAAUGCCUUUAUAUCCUGACACACUGUGACAUAUAUAUAUAUAUAUAUAAUGUACGUUAAUUGAUUUGCUGGUCAAUGGACAUAUUUAAUGAUGUAUUUUAUGAAGUGGCUUACAGUUUACAUGACAAAUGGAAAGUAAGACUGUAUGGAAUGCUGUAGUCUGAGCUCAAUCCUAAAAGGGGUCUGCAGAGUUUUAAGUGCCUUCUGCAAAAUCUCUUUGAUUUCUGGAGCAAAUUAGCGUUCCAUGCAAAAGAUGAUCAUCACACCAUACAGAUAUGCUGUACAUAAUGAUCGUUUUGACUUUUGACCCACGUCAUUUACUUAGUUGUCUCUGGACAUGUUCAUUCAACUCUGUAGAAUCCCACGUUAUUUAAUGCACUUGUGUAAAUAUGCUUCAAUAAUGAAAAGUCAUUGAUGUAAAUAGGAUGAAAUGUAGUUUGAUUUGAAGGGGAAGCAGAAGCACGGUAGUUCUCCACAUUUUGUGAAAGUUGAAGAAUAAUAAUGAUACUUUUCAGAUUCUAACUGCUUUUUGAGUGUGUCUCAUUGGUUACUCUUGAAUUUCAAGCCCACAGAGGGUCAUAUAAGGGUCAUAUAAUUCAAUUGAUCAGAAAGCCAGCCAGUGUUACUCAUGGAGGAAGUUAUGGCAGAUGGUGUCACUCAAUUCCUCACAAUGACGAUCAGUCUCCCUCAUCUGUUGUCUGAGACAGUUUUACAUGGAUGCUUUGUCAUCUCUAAGCUUUUGCUUGAAUAAUUGUGUUUUGUGAAGCCUUACUGAUCCAAGGAAAAUGCUGCAAGCCACAAGAUGUCACCUGUCUUAGUUUCACAUGUUAUAUUAAAGAGUCAUUAUCAGUUCUACAGUGAGUAGACAAUUAUUUCUUGAAAUGUUCUCCAAUUGUGACCUUAUGACAUGCUAUAGAUUUCAGAGUUCUUUUCUGAAUAGAAAGGUCUUGGGCAGGCCGCCUAAAUGUUUUAUGGACAUAUUUUUUUUCUGUGUAAACAAAUGACUAAAACUAGAUACAAAUUAUAUAUAAAAGAUAAUGGACCUAUAGAUUUUUUUAGAAGUUCAUCUUUGAGAACUAACAACAUUUUGGGAAUUGCAGGACAUUUGCUUUAAAGUGGCAAGUUUUCUCUCUGCCCCAUGGGAAGAUGUGUAGAAAUGCAGGAAAUUUGCUUUAGAGGCCCUCAAUGUCAGUCUGCUACUGUACAUAGGGCCAUGCCCCACCACCAGAUUUUAUUCUGUCCCUUGAAGACAGUAAAUUGUUCACUGCACUCAAAUGUGAAGUGCUUAAAAUACUAAAAUAUCCCUGCUUUGCUGCUUGUACAGUACUAGCUAUUCUGCACCUCAUCUAGUUUGCUUGAGGAUGUCCUCAGCAUAGUACCUCACAUUCUGUUUUGUAUUGGGGCAUCUCUCUUUGUAUACUUGUAAUGAUAGUGGUCUAGUAGAUAUACUGAAAGUGGGGGCCAGCGUGUUACCUCUAAUCCUAUGUUUGCUCUCCCAGACAUUUUAUGGGAAAAUGACACCAUAUGGAAUGAAAGACAUCGCCGUUUGCCCCCCCCCCCCCCCCAUGUGAAUUUGUAUCUGUGUGCAAAACCGAUAGAUUCAGCUGCAGAAAAAUAAGAAAUUAAGAUUUGUAUUCAGGUGAAUGCUCUUGUAUGUGUUUAUUGCAUUUUUUUCUGUGACUGCUUAAUAAAAUACUCUUAAUUUUU